CCAACAAAAAUAAUCCAAACUUUUUUAAAACAAAAUUCCAACAUGCACAUUUUCUCAUUCUUCUUUCACAACCACCACCACCACAUCCUCCACCACCACCACCAACCACUCUCCCUUCUCCACUUGCUUCCAUGGUCAAGAAUAUACCUCACUAAUCCCUUAUCCUCAUCAUUUUCCUUCAAGAAAUGUCUUCCUCUUACUGCCUAUCUUCUUCAAGAAACACUCUCACUAAAGAAUCUUUACUCCUCCCCAACUCCUACAAAAACCGCCUGAACAAAGAUUCUUACGUUUUCCGGCCAAACCAGGUUCUUUUCCCGGUUCUGAGACUGAACAACUCCAAAUUUGCACCCCCGUUUGCCGGAAUAUCAUCCUUUGCCGACGCGGGGAGUGAAGAGGAAAGAACAGAAGAUGUUCAUAUUGAGAAGAAACAUGUUGGAGAAGAAGAUGACGAGUUGCCUGGAAUGGCUCAGGCGUUUCAUAUAUCAUCAAGAACGGCUUCUGCUAUAUCUAUAUUCAUAGCAUUUGCAGCUCUGAGUCUGCCCUUUCUGAUGAAAUCUUUAGGAGCAGGAUUCGGUUUGAAGACCAAGAUUUUAUCGUACACGACGCUGUUAUUCGGAUUCUAUAUGGCUUGGAAUAUCGGAGCCAAUGAUGUUGCUAAUGCUAUGGGGACUUCUGUUGGUUCUGGCGCUUUGAGUCUCCGGCAAGCGGUGGUUAUUGCGGCUAUUUUGGAGUUUUCCGGCGCGUUUUUGAUGGGGACUCAUGUGACUGGGACAAUGCAGAAGGGGAUUCUGAUGGCUAAUGUGUUUGAAGGGAAAGAUAGUUUGCUUUUUGCUGGUCUGCUCUCUUCUUUGGCUGCUGCUGGUACUUGGUUGCAGGUUGCAUCCUACUAUGGUUUGCCUGUUUCCACCACACACUGUAUUGUAGGAGCAAUGGUUGGAUUUGGUCUUGUCUAUGGAGGACCUGGUGCUGUCUUCUGGAGUUCACUAGCAAAGGUGACUUCGUCUUGGGUGAUAUCACCCGUAAUGGGAGCUAUGGUCUCGUUCCUUGUCUAUAAAUGCAUCCGUCGGUUUGUUUACAGUGCUCCGAAUCCAGGACUAGCAGCAGCUGCAGCUGCACCAAUCGCUGUCUUUGCGGGUGUAACGGGGAUCUCUUUUGCAGCUUUUCCUCUAAGCAAUACCUUUCCUAUAGCUUUGGCACAGGCUUUAACCUGUGGUGCAGUUGGUGCGUUCUUAUUCUACAGAAUCAUCCACAAACAGCUUGGUCCUCUCCUCGAAAAAGCUGCUGCAAUACAGCCCGAGCCUCUCCAGAACAAAAACAUCGGAUUUCUCUCUGAUAUUGCUGGACCAACAGGAACCCAGCUGGAGAUAGUUUAUGUUGUUUUUGGAUACAUGCAAGUACUCUCGGCCUGCUUCAUGUCGUUCGCUCACGGCGGAAAUGAUGUCUCCAACGCAAUAGGUCCUUUGGCUGCCGCAUUAUCUAUUCUUCAAGGCGGUGCCAGUGCGGCGGAGAUUGUUAUUCCGACUGAUGUUCUUGCGUGGGGAGGAUUCGGUAUUGUUGCAGGGUUGACCAUGUGGGGUUAUCGAGUGAUAGCUACAAUAGGAAAGAAGAUAACAGAACUCACACCAACUAGAGGAUUUGCAGCCGAGUUUGCGGCAGCUUCUGUUGUUCUAGUUGCUUCAAAACUAGGACUACCAAUUUCAGCAACGCAUACAUUGGUGGGUGCGGUCAUGGGGGUGGGAUUUGCGAGAGGACUAAACAGUGUUAGAGCAGAGACUGUGAGAGAGAUUGUUGCUUCAUGGCUUAUCACAAUACCAGCUGGUGCUACUUUUGCAGUUAUUUAUACAUGGAUCUUGACCAAGCUUUUGUCUUCCAUAUUUUGAGUGUGCAUUUACAUCAUUCAAAGUAACAGGUAAAUGUAUGCUAUUAAUCCAGAUCAUUCAUCUUUUCUUCGAAGAAUUUGUAAAUUAUUCCGUCUUUUUGAGCUAAUGUGAAUUCCUUAGCCUGGAAUUCACAAUUUAUAUGGAACUGAGGACACAUAUUUAAUUAUUCUUGUUAAUUUAUGUGUUUCAAACUCUAA